AGUAACUGCAGAAAACGGUCACAGAAGGCAAGGAAGUGUCAUUAAUGCUUCCACACAACGGCGAACUAGGCAGCACUCGGAGUAUUCAACAAGGAUUUCCAGUACUGAUAGCUUUAACAGCGUGGUAAAUAUCAAAACAUUAAUCCGACGUUGUAUAACUUCGCCGGUAAAUCUGACAAUAUUUACACUAUUUCUAAUUAGAAUGUUUUAUACGUAAAAUAAGGUUGCUAGCUAUGCCCCAGAAUUCAAUGUCGACUCAGUAAACUUGAUGAAACUAGACAAAGAGGAAGUAAUAGAUGAAUUCUUAGAUGAGGCCCGUUUUAAUUUGGCUACGCGAGUUAUGCCGAAUGGUGUUGAACUUAUUAUUGCCAAUGAUAAGAGUAAGCCAUCUUCUGUUAAGACGGAAACUAAAGACUCAUUACAAGAACAGAAAAAGCAACAUGUUCCACAGCAACUAGAUAGUGUACUAAGUCAAUCUUCUUUCCGUCCUAUGACUUUCGCUCCAAGUACUUUAAAGAAUAAAAUGAUACUUGUAAUUCCAACGCAAAGUGCAAUUCAGGAAAAAUUUUAUUUGCCAGCUGAUUUAAAUCAGUUUGUGACGAAAACGUGCCUAACGACUUAUACUUACCGCACAACAUAUCUUCAAAAUGGGUCUACAACUGUCGAAAGCCGGGAACAAGUUAUAUCCAAUAUAGCUACGGAAGAGCGUAACUAUUUGCAGAUCACACCAGCUUUAUCCUUGGGCUUAACUUUGACGCAAACACCUGCGUUAGCGGUAGGAAUAUUUCCCACGACAUAUUCUUAUUACAACACAAUAAAUGAUGAUGACCAUCCAGUGGUACAGUUAUCCAAGUAUACGAUUGUUAAUACUAUUACAGGGCCUGAUGGUUACAUAAACUUUCUUCAGCCAUCUGAAGAGGCUACAUCUAUAUACGAAACCAAUACAUAUUACAGCAAGUUAAAAUUUACAAAUAUCCUACAAACGACCGGCGCCGAAAAAAUGUAUGUAACCACCAAUAUACUCACACAGGUGAUAGUAACAGAGUCACUGGCGCCACGUAAUUCGCUACUGCUAAAACACGUUGAGUCUAGUUCCGCACAGAUUAAUAGAAAAUCUGAUGAGAUAUUAACAUAUAAAAACUCGGAACCUAUAAAACAUCCAACAGUAUUGUAUGAAACGAAAAGUGAAUACGAUAUGCACAUAUAUACAACGAAAACAUUUGUAACAACAUUAACUUAUUUGAAAACAACAUUAGUAAGUGGAAGUGAUGACGAAAACGUUUCCACGAUGCAUAGAAUUGUGCCAUCAAAAAAAUUAAAAACAUCGGGGAUGGUUGAACAAAUACAAAACGCGCAAAAUGUGCAUAAUUCCAAUAUUAGUUAUCGCACACGUAUUAUCGAGAAUGUAAUCUCUGAAACAGUACCGAGUUCGUUGCUUAAAAGCGAGGUGGUUUCGAAAUUUCGCGAUGUAUUGAAAUCUAUUAAGCCCGAACGACGUAUUUUUAUAACUACAGCUUCCUUAUUGAAUGGUGAAACGUUAGAAAUAACAGCAAUGCAUGCAUUAAAACCAUCAUUAGCCACGACAAAAGAAGAAUUAAAAAAUGUUAUAGGACCGAAGCAAACAAUAGUAGUCAUGUCCACAAGCGUUCCUUUGCAAAUGAUACAUACGUUGAGUGAUACGCUAAGUAAAGGCACUAAGAAGAACAACACAUUGAAAAUAACGACUACAGCUACAAAAAUACAAAGCACUUCUACAGAACUGUUUAAUGCGGCGCAUGCAAUCCUUGAUGAGGACUCAUUAAGUGCGGACGCUGAAUACAACGAAAUCUAUUCAAGCAAAUCACCGCAGUUUCUUAAACCAUCCAAACCACAAAAAAAUCAAACAAUACAACAUUUGGUUGAUAAUAUUAUCAUUGCUACAACUACGAACAACAAAAAUCGGCUACCGGUUGCAGUCAGUCAAAUAAUUGACUCGCUGAACUUACAACGUUUAAAUGCUCUACGGCCAGUCAUAAACGCUAUGGCCGGCUUGUUACAAGGUAGUUUUGCUACAGCUUCAAAACAGUUACAGCUAGUAAGUAGUUCUUCAGUUCCGUUAUCGGCGUCAACUGGUACAGAAAUUGCAUCGAUUGUCAGCAGUACGCAAAUGAACCGUUCGAACCGUUAUAAUUAUCAAGAAAUAAAUGAUGGUGCAGUAAUAAAGCAGAAAAAGCCUAUAUAUAUACCUGUAAUAGAUUAUGAAAUUAAUAGUCAUAAAAAACAAUUCUCUAAUAUAGCAGCUGUAAGCGCAGCGGGUGAUCUAUUAGGCGUGUCUACUGUGCAAAGUUUGCACUUGCAAUCAGAUGCAGAUAAUAAAUAUUUACAACAGCAGGGCAAACAACAAACCCUGUCACAACAAAAUCAGUAUGCAAAUAGCCUUAAAAAAUCACAAAGUUUUGAUAUGUUAACAGAAAACAAUAUUUUUAACAUGAUGCUGAGAAAUGGCGGUAUACCGAUUAGACCAGGUGAGGUUAUCACAGCUAAUUCUGAUAUUAUUAUCGGUAAACCGAAUGGCAUCCAGCAUCCUCAAAUUCCUCUUGCUAGUAAUUUUGCCAAUUUGGAGGAACAAAGCCAAAAGCUUAGUGUGAAAAAUUAUCAUAAAAUGUAUAAGCAGCACAUUGAAGUAUUUGGUGGUACCAAUAAGCCUUUUAUGACUAGCCAUAUAAGCACAAUACCUCUAGGUCAUGAGCCACAAAACCAAUACAAUAACUCAAAGCGGAAGCUGAUAUUACAACAGAAGAACAAGUUGCUUUCAAAAUUACCAGCGCAACAGGUUAUCCACAAUUAUUAUACACACAAUAAUUGGGUACCAGCAGAAAAUUAUGAUUAUCUUCUAACACCACCACCACCAGCGGUGCACACGGCCCUUUCAAAUAUAGAGAAAUUGGAGCCAAUGUCUUCAUCACAUAUAACAAAUUUUACGGUACUAAAAAGUGUACAGCCUACUAGGUUUUUAACUCCUGUUAGUGAAUUGCACAAAUCAAAAAAAAGGUAUUAUGCUGUAAACAAUAAUACUCAUACGACCACUCAAAUUUAUGACAGGAAUUUAUCAUCUAAUAUUAAUAACAAUAAGUUAACAAAGAUGCAUGACUUAAUGAUGAAUACAUCUAAAACAUAUGUUAAUUAUCACGGAAAGUUUCAGCAUGCGCAACAUAUGGAAAAUCCGGUAAAUGAGAGGUUAUCGUCGGAAUAUUCACCAUAUUCAUAUUCUGCUUUAAAUGCUUCUUAUGACACCGUGGUGUUGAGACAACAGACCCCGAAAGCGCCGGGAGUAUAUGCAGGUACGCAAGCUAAUCAUCAAAGUAUAAAUUUGCAUACACACGUAUUCAGUCAUAAUGUGAAUAUGCACGCACCCCCCUUGACAUUCAAAAAGGAAACAGACUAUCCAAAGUAUGCAACCGCUGUACAUGGUCAGAUUCCGAAAGUUGCUGAAGGCGCAGUCAGGUACAAUAUGCCACUUAUAAAAAUUCCACACAACGAAAAACAAGUGCAAAUUAACUUAACACCACAAAAUGUUAUCGAACAAAUCAAUAACCCCGGUGUUAUUGCAUAUACAAAGGACACUACGAAUACAAAAAGUAUUUUUGUGGAAAAUAUUGCCGACAGCUCUGUUAUUGGUUCAUUUUCUCUUUAUAACAGCUUACCUAGUGAUUUGACGAAUCUACAGCAGCAGAAAUCUAAAGCUCAAAAGCCGCUACGAACACAAUUAAACCACAACCAUGCACAUCUUUAUAUAAUGGCAAAAAACAAUAAUUUUACAGAUAACCACAAUCAAAGCUCCAACAAUAAGGAGAGUGUCAGAAAUGAAUACCAACGUAUAUUUAUACCAGCAGCAGCAGGUGUAACGACAUCAGAUACGUUCACUCAGCAGCAGUAUCCACAGCGUGUUGGUUAUGACGUUAAUAUGUACGCCACAAAUGGAAGUGCUAAUAAGGAAUUAACAGACGUUAUAAAGAAUGUGACAAGCGUAAAUCAUGCAAUUGCUGGCUCUCUAAGCACUGCAAGUUUAUAUUACCAACCAAAUAACAUGAUUGACAAAAUAAGUUAUUUAAAAAGUGCCAAUACUUAUGAUACAGCUGUUGAAAGGCUUAUUGAUAAGAAUAGUAAAACCGGUGUUUUAGUAUCUAACAACAAUGUAGAUAACAACGUGGAUCAACAUACGGCAUCGGCUACUAAUAGUUUGCAUGAAAAAACGCGCACUGAACAACAGAAAGUGUUGCAACCAUUUUUUUCACCUUUUGCUGCAAUGGAAGUCAGUAAUACGCAUCCAACACUGUUGGAGCAAUUAAAUGGUGAUAUUACCAGAAACUCUUCACGAAACUCUACCAUUCCUUCAAGUCGAAAAAAUGUGCGUCCGAUAACCUAUUAUUUAACUAGAGUAACGCAGGAACAUACAGCAAUAUCGACAAAGUCGCCUUCCCAAACUCCCCAAAUGCGACUUAAUGAAAAGAAAUACACACAGAAUACACAGUUACUGUCGCGUGGUGCCCCUUUUGCUACUCAAAGAUUGCAAAUUUUACAAAAUGCGACACAAAAACAGCAAAAAAAAACUAUUUAUUUUGCUAAAGGCGAUAGUUUUAAAACGAAUCAUGAAACCAAAGCCACAAGUGUACAUACAGAUGACUUAGCAAGUAUAGUGCCAAAAAGUAAACAAGAAUAUAAGCAAACGUCAAAAACAAGAGAACCUAAUAAAAAUUAUAAAUUAACAGCAAAAGAACAGAUUUUAUAUGCAACAACCACAAUGCAUUUGCCAAAGACGAUCAGUAAUAAACAACCAACAAAAAACGAAACGCGCACAGUUAAUCAGCGUCAACAGAAUCUAAGCAGUUUAUCUUUGCCUAUAACAUCAUUACCAUUACCACCACCUCCAAAACAACAACAGCCCCAUUCUUUAACUUUUCCAACUGUUAAGCCACAGACAACAGUUAUACACACAAGUAAUACCCAGGAUUACGAGACAAUCAACUUAAAGUCAAUAUGGCAGACACUAUUGCAAUCGCCACCACUACAAUCAACACAAAAACCAUCGCAGGCAAAAAACAGAUAUAUAGGACGUACAACGGCGCUGACACAAAAUCGGAAAAUACCGAAACCAAUACCACUAUCGAAAAUCAAUGGUACAGUGACGCACAGUGUCGUGAAGGAGGACAUAAAUUUAAUAACGAGUACAAAUAAUUUCCUGGAUAUAUCAACAAAUGUAUAUUCAGUAAUCAAUUAUAAUGCUAAUAAACAUGUUAAGCCAACAGCAACAAUAAGAGAUACAAGCAGUUUAUCAUUAGUAUGGAAUUCAUCCACUGUAUACACGGCUUUUCAAAUUCCAGGAAAGCAUGUUAAGAGUCCAAUGUCUGUACAACAAUCAAGCGAGUAUGAAUCGCCGCUAAAUACAGAUGUUAACAUUAUAAGCAAACCGCAUGAAUUAGUUACCCUCAAACCUUUUCUCGAAUCUUCAGAAGCGGCAACGAUAUCUCCAAGUAGUGGAGCGUCGCUAACAGACGCUUUCACGCUUUUAACGGCUUUUCCAAAUGGAUUUAUGGGCGUAAUCGUAGAGAAAUCAAAUCUUUCACAAAUUGACAAAACAAAAAGUCAGUGGCACCUAAAGUACAAUAGUCGAACAAACAUUUUUUCUGAUACCAUAUUUUAUAAGAAUAUUGAAUUAUUUCCAACAAAGUACAUAACAAGAGCACAACUGAUAACUCCCUCCAGCACACAUAGUAGGAUGCUUACAACAACUGCGUAUGAACAGUUACAAAAUGAUACUUUCUUUGAUACCAAACUACAAACGACUACCACGGAUAAUACAAUAACGCAAACCGAAUGGGCAACUAAAACCAUAACUGUAACAGAGUCAGAAUCUUUAACCGAGAAAGCAAAAGAGUCAGACGCGAAAAUACUAGAAACAUAUACAAACAUUCCCGCGGAGCCCACAAGGGUAACCGUUGGUAGUAUAUUACCAAUUGCAGAGAUUAUUGUUUCAGAUGUCGAAGGGAAAACGCCGGACAAUAUCUUUAACCAUGCCAAUGUUAUUGCAACAAUGGUAUCCGCAGAAGUAUUAGAAAAUGAGAACACAAACAUACAUUUUAAUAUAGGCAAUUAUAUCUUACCACAAUAUGAGCCCUUCACGCACACCAAUCAAAGUCGCAAAACACAAAACAAUAAUAUAAAGCAUAAUAAUAGUUUUGUAGUAUAUGAAAACGAUUUAAAUAAAAUCAAUAUGGGUAAUAGGAAUGAAGUGCCAAUUUUCAAUAUUUCAAAUACAACUACAGAAAGUGUUUACGUAGAGCCAAAAAACAGCAUUUUUAUUGUGAUGACCAACUCACAAAGUAAUGUCAAAGCCAAGCAACCAUAUGAUCUGUCAAACGUUAUUAGACUUGACAGCGCAGAUGCCUCGUCUAUUGGUUCUAUUGUCUCUGGCGCCGCUAGUGAUAUUGAUAAUAUUGACACAAAUACAGGCACUAUACAAUUAGAUUAUGAAGACAGCGUUUCGGUGUUUAAUUUACCUACACGAGAUGAACAGUCUAUUGCCGAGCCGCACGAUUCUCGUACAAUGAUUAAUCAAGUACUGCUGGGGGGUGUACUUAUAGCAACACCACCGAAGCUGAAUAUCAGCAUCAGUCCAACGGCGAAAAAUUCAACAUGCCUGCCCCCAUGCAAAAUGGCACGUAAUGAGGUGUGCACUCUGGCAGAGUUUCGCUGGAAUUGUGUUUGUCGCCCUGGCUUUGCACGCAUGUUUCCCGAUCGCCCAUGUAAACCAACCUACACAUACCAAUUGAGUCUACGUAUUGACCAUUAUGGAGAUUUUAAAUUGUUUUACGAUCACUCUUUGGCCGAUAAUUCCACUGAUGACUAUAAGCAUCUCGCAACAGUUACGAAGGAAGCUAUAAAUCGUAUGGUAAUGCAAUCCGAUUUACGUGAUAUUUAUCAUGGAGUACAGUUGUCCACAUUCACUCUAAUAUACGACGCAAAUAUGGAUACAGGUGGCAAGUCAACAAACAUAAAGUCAUCUGAUUUAUCGGCAAAUUUACUCUUACAGCUUUCAGAAAAUAGCGACGAGGAACGUCUAAUGGCUGUAUUUAAAAAGUAUUUACGCUUAACUAACUACAGCAUUGGUGGCACAAAACUCUUCACGGAUCGUAAUGGUGUAGAAUCAUUGGCAAUAACGGAUUUCAAUGAGUGUGCGCAUGGAAAUUUUCACGAUUGCUCUUCAAACGCUCUUUGCUUUAAUUUGCAAGGCACAUAUACAUGCAGUUGCAAGGAAAAUUUCGCAGACUUAUCAGGCAACACCGUUUACCCAGGUCGUGUAUGCUCAGCCGAACUAGUCGGGUGCGAGCGAUGCCACUAUCACGGCAAAUGUGUCGUCAAGAAAUCCGAUCGCCCAUACGCUUCGGAACAUGUAGUGUGCGAAUGCUUUGCCUGGUAUACGGGAUCAACAUGCCAGCUGAAUUUAAAAAUAGUUCUUAUAGUUUUAAUAGCCGUCGGUACACUUCUCUUUACACUCUUGAUGUUUUGCAUUCUUCUCAUAUGUACCAAGCGGCAUACAUUGCGUAAAAAAUAUCAUGCUCCAUCACAAUCUGAUGCGGGUAUCCAUAGAAUUACUGGGAUACCAAGCAUUGGUUUAAUAAGUUGCAAAAGUACACAUGGUAUAAGAGGUUGCAGAUCAAAACACAUUAAUAUCGAUAAAUGUGCAAUAAUCAAGGAUACAAGCAGUGAAAGUAGUAAAAAUACUUUACUAUGUGUUUUGAAGAAGGACCCAACUGAUAUUUCUAAAAAGUCGUAUCGUCGGUCCAGAGAUCCGCAUAUAAUGACGGACAGCAGCAGUGUGCAUGUGGAGGGACAACGAUAUCCACCUUAUGGUCACAUAGCGCAAACAGCGACAACCAAUGUUAAUGUCAAAGAUAGUGAAAAAUAUGUAUUAAACAAGCAUAAUUCUUUCAAGGAUUCGGCGUGUAAACCUACCGAUCAAACAGACCAGCCAUUAACAGUAAUGAUACCACGUGCUAAAUACCAUGCUUCUGUGUCGCCCCAAACUGAAUUAUUCCACCAACAUGUAAUAAUGGAACAUACCAAAAACCACCAUGAACAACAACGAAUACCACAAAAGCAGCAUAAUAAAUCAGAUAUUGCCACUUCAAUGACACUAAGGCGGGACAACAAUUGCAAUAUUGUGCAAAAACAGAAAAAACAAUCAUCAAAAAAACUAAAUAUCAGGGGAUCUAAACAUGUAGAGGUGAUCUCCGGUCGAAACGUUGAGAACGACGACUGUGAACUAACAAACAUGCAUCUGCAUCAGUUGGGAGCUCUUGUUUCAGCUGGAUAUGAGGUGUCAGCCUUAGUUAGUGAAAAUAUAUUAAUCACCAGCAGCAAUGAAAAAAACGAGCAGAUAACAUUGGCUUUCAACCCCAACUGUGACAUUAUUGAUGAGUUCAAUUCACAAAAACACCGAUCUAAUAUCAAUAUAGGCGACGAUGUUGCUAAAAACGAUAAGUUUAUAGAUUCAAUCAUUGAUAAUAAUAAACGAAUAGUUCGAUUGAAUCAAGCCACGCUCUCUCCAAGUGAACAACAGAAGCAGCAGCUGGAUCAAGUCAAACUAGUUAACCAAUGUUCAUAUAGAUCGUCAAGUGAAAACCGUAGUUCUGGCAAAGAUGAAAAUAACCUACUCGACUCUAUGGAUGUUUGGUUUGGACAUUAUCAACGAAAUAAGCUAUCAACUGAGGCGCAAUCUCUUGGGGAAUCUACAGUUCAGACUACUGUAAAACCUUUACACAUUUGCUUUGACGUGCUGACUUCCAACACAAAUGAUGAUGCGAACACGAUGGCAGAACGAGAUGUCGGCUCUACAUUUCUGUUGCCGCAUACACACCUUUAUGAACCUGACAAGGAAGUGAUAUAUCUGGUUUCGAUUCAUUCUAACAUAUAGCGGAACUGUUGUGAAAAUUAACAGAUGGUCUAAAACUCAUUUAAGGAUUUUGGUUUAUUUGUUCGGUACAGUUCGGUAUUGGAAUAACAACUGAUCUGCUCAUUAGCGAGUUGCUUACAGACUUGUUAUGAAUUUCUUGUCGGAAAUAAGUUAUAAUUAUGCAAUUAUUGUAGUUGCUAUUGCAAAGUGUAAUAAGCCCUCAUGUGUUGUGUCCAUAUGCGAUUUGGCACGUGUACCUAUAUCUCCUUAGUUCAAUACAACAAUAUUUAUUUAUUUUCAA